AUGCUCUACGAGGACGUUGCAAGACGAAGCGGAAGUCUGGGGCUAAUAGAAGGCUGGACUGGGCGAGAACAAGCAGUGGGGCAACAAAGACUUUGCGCUAGUGUGGCCCGUCGGCAAGGCGGAGCUAAGUUGGCUCAUUCCAUGAGCUCAAAACUCAGCGGCCCAGUCGUUAGCAGUCGUUGGGAAGAAAACUUUCCAGAGGAACUUUCUUCCAUGGUGUUAACCAAAAUGAAGGAAACGGCGGAGCAAUACCUGAAGCAGAAAGUCGACCACGCUGUCAUCACAGUCCCAACCUAUUUCAACGACGCUCAACGGCAAGCUACUAAGGAUGCUGGGCAAAUUGCUGGACUGAAUGUCCUUCGUGUCAUUAACGAACUCACGGCGGCUGCUCUCGCCUACGGACUGGACAAAGGCAGCAAAGCUAGAAUCGUCGCUGUCUACGAUCUUGGUGGUGGAACUUUCGAUAUAUCCAAUCUCGAAAUGCGCGACGGCGUCUACGAAGUCGAGUCCGCCAACCAUGACAACUUGGAAUUUAAAUCCAAGCACGGUAUUGAUCUCAAUGGCCAUCCAAAUACUGCUUCAAAUCUUUUGCGCGCCGUCCAGCACGUUUCCCUGUUCAUCUCCACCAAGGACAACACUUCCGGGCCUCGCAUUGCGUGGAUCACAAUAUGUUCUAAACUAAAGGAGUCCAUAACGGCUGCUCGCACUUUCAAUUCCCAAGCUCUUAGUCUGCUGCUAUCUCAGCUACCAGCACUCCCAAUGUGGCGAGCAGCGGGCUUCCCUGCUCACCUCCACGAAGUCGGGGUUGUGUUGCUGCCCAAUCCGGUCAUCGUGGACGCCGACGAGCCCAGUGACUGGUUUAUGGCAGAUUAUGCAGUGGAUCGACGACAUCUGAGUUCGCAUACUUGGACUGUCCCCUCAGACUUUCCUCGUUGA